AUGACAAAAAGCGAUAUGUUGGAUUUAACUCUUAAAUGUGCUCUUGGUAUUAUUCUUCUCACAAUCUCAAUCAUUAGUUUGAUUGCAAAUAUAAUUGUGGCAACACCUGUCUUUAGUUUUGUGAUAGCUAAAGACAAAAGUAGUAUCUACGUAUUGGCUGCGGUUAACAUUAUUCAUGAUUUUAUUCAAAUGAUGAUAACAAUAACUUAUCUAGCUCCAGGGAUCAUAACUGACGUGAGUUAUAAAUAAGUGUAUUGUUUCUGUUAAUAGAAAACGUUUCAGAGUUAUAUCUUCUCUGAUUCUCGAGAAAGCGCACUUCCAAAAUUCUUUGGAACAAUUUUCGUAAUUUGCUGGAAUGUUGGAAAUGCGACUCAAAUUCUAACUGCAAUCAAUCGUGUGUCUGUUAUUUUCUAUCGUCAAACCAAUUUUUUCUCCAAACGUAAUCUAAUGCUUGUUUACAUUCCGAUUGUAAUUAUAUCAAUCAUCAAAGUAUACAUCUCUCAAUAUAUAUUCCCAUGUUGCAGGUAUCAUUUUUUCAGUAGAUUUUCCAAAUUUCGUGUUUUCAGUUUCAUAAUAGAUCAAGGUGUCUAUUCUUAUUCUUUCGUGUAUAAAAACGAUACUCCAAAUUACAUGGAUAGCAGUGAAAUGCCUUUGAAUAUUGUGACAUCCUUAACAACAUUCAUUUGUUAUUCCUUAGUAGGUUUCAGACUUGCUGCUAGAGAUUUUUAAACAGUAGAUUUUUAAACAUAUUCGUGAAUCAAGAAAAACCAUCGAGACAACUUUGGGGUCUAGCGAGCAAAAAAUGCGGAGAAAUCGUGAAUUCACAUAUGCUCUUCAAUUCUCUUUCAUCUCAUUUCCUUAUACUUUUGGCUGGAUUCUCUUUCGAUUAUUUCCUUUAAUGAUUCAAGGAAGAGGAAUUGAAUGGUAUUAUGUGACAGCAGUUGCGAAUACUUGUAACUGUAGUGGAAACGCGUUCAUCUACUUGGUUUCAAAUGCCGAAGUUAAAAAAUAUUUGAAAGAAAAAGGUAUUUGUUGUCUACCUGGAAAGAAAAUUUUCUUUAAAAUUGUAUCAACCAGCGGUAACUCUGUGGUCCCGAAAUCAACGAUCGGUACAACUUUCGCAAGUCCAACAAUCAUGGGCACCUGAUCUUCGAUAUUGACAACGAUUACAACAUGGGAUAAUAAAAAAAUAACAUAAUUCUGUAAUAAAAUGUUUUUUUUUCCAAAAAGCCCAUCACAAUAAUACUUUAGAAAAACUUUCGCAAGUCCAAUUUUAUUUCGAUCAACCAACCUGGAUCGCUGGACAAUAUGGAUGGUUCAAUAGAAUCGCAUUUUUGAUUAUUUUGAAUAUAAAAUUCACGAUAAAGGGAAAGUACAGAAUACGAUAGCAUUUUCCUUUUUAUAAAUCACUUUUUUUCGCAGAAAAUACUUUUCAUAAUUUAAAAAAAUUUAUGGUUCUCACAAUCAAGUUAUUUCUUGGUAUAUUCCUUUUCGCUAUCUCUAUUCUCAGUCUGAUAACUAAUUUAAUUGUGGCAGGACCUGUUUUCAGUUUCGUGGUUGCUAAAGAUAAAAGUAGUAUAUAUGUCUUAGCAGCGGUUAACAUUAUUCACGAUGUCACUCAACUAUUGAUAGUUAUUGUAUACUUGGCACCCAGCAUCAUUGCAGACGUUAGGAUUUUUUUGAAAUGUUCAUACAUAGGAAAAUUUUUAGAGUCAUCUCUUCUCUGGUGAUCGUGAAAGUGAACUUCCAAAAUUCUUUGGAACAAUUUUUGUAAUUUGUUGGAAUGUUGGAAACAUCACACAAAUAUUAACUGCAAUCAAUCGUGUUACAGUAAUAUUCUAUCGCCAAACAACAUUUUUUACAAAACGUAACCUCAUCUUGAUUUACAUUCCGAUUGUUAUUAUUUCAAUCAUCAAAGUAUACAUCUCUCAAUAUAUCUUCCCAUGUUGCAGGUAAAUAUUUCAAGAAUAAUUUUGCAGAUGAACUGCUAUAAAUAAUUCUAGUUUCAUCAUUGAUCAAAGUGUAUAUUCGUGCUCUUUUGUUUAUAAAAACAACACUACAAAUUAUAUGGAUAUCAGUGAAAUGCCCUUGAAUAUUGUGACAUCCUUAACUACGAUAAUUUGUUAUUCUUUGGUAAGAAAAUAAUUUUUCAAAAGAAUUCUGACAAAAAUAGAAAUUGACAGAUCUUCAAACACAUUCGAGUUACGAGAAAAACUAUUGCAACAAGUUUUGAAUCCACUGAUCAAAAAAUGCGGAGAAAUCGUGAAUUCUCAUAUGCUCUACAGUUUUUCUUCAUCUCAAUACCUUAUGCUCUGAGUUGGAUAUUUUUCCGAAUUUUUCCUUUAAUCGUCCAGGGAAAGUCAGUUGAAUGGUAUUAUAUUAUUGCAGUUGCCUAUAUUUGUAAUUGUACUACUAAUGCCUUCAUUUACUUGGUUUCGAAUGCUGAAGUCAAAAAACAAAUAAGAGAAAAAGGAAUCUGCUGCGUUGCUGGAAAGCAAAGCCUUCUGAUGAUUGUUUCAGCCAGUGGAAGUUCUGUGGUGCCAAAAUCUAAUCCUGGUACUACUUUUGCAAGUCCAACAUAA